AUGUCUUCCUCCACGGAAAGGCCCAAGAAAAUUCAGAGAAUCUCGCAGGCUUGCGAUCUUUGCCAUCGACGGAGCAUCAGAUGCAGACCCAGUGCGGAGAACCCACAACAGCAAUGCCAGAAUUGCUACGAUUUUGCUGUCGAUUGUACAUAUAAUCGUCCUUCGCGACGAAGACGAAACCCUUCAUUGGCACACACUUCGCCACCGAAUGUAUUGUCGGGCGGUGCAGUACAACAGGACACUGUCUCACCUUCGUCCGACGGGUCCAAAACACAGGAUACUGGAACGAGCCGGCAGACGAACGGCAAUGGCAUGGCUAGUGGCCAGCCUGACUAUACUGGAGCAUAUCUCAGCGUACGCGAAGGAGCGCGCGAGGACCUCCUGGACGUGGCAUGGCGGUCGUUCGCGCUCGCCAGCAUGACGACGAUUGAACAGUAUAUCGAGGUAUACAUGGACAUUGUAUAUCCGUUGUUCCCACUAUUCCAUGGCCCAACAUUAAAAGACAAGUUGGCAAAACGCCACCAUCUGACUGAUCGAGGCUUCUUCGCUGCGGCUAUGGCUGCUUGUGCACUUGCCGCCGCCAGGGCGAGAGACGGUGCCAUUGGUGACAGACCCGACCUGGGCGAGAGUUCGGAGCGAUCCUCCGAGGUCUUCUUCGCCGCCGCCCAGGACGCUAUACCGAAGGAUCUUGGCAAAGCACAGUGUCAGAAUUAUAUGAGAGCUGCCGGUCUGCUGGCGCUCUGCAGCAUCCAGUAUGGACAUAUCAAUAUGAUGCAUCAAUUCAUGGGCAAUUACACGACACUGGCCGCGAUGCAGCAGUUCCACGACGAAACUUAUUGGCCACCGACAUUGACAGUCGUUGAGCGAGAAGAGCGAAGAAGACUUUUCUGGUCUAUGUACACCUUUCAGGUUUAUGUGGCGGUCGUAUUUGAUGGUGUGGUCAUGGCGCAGGAAAAUCAUUCGAAAGUCAUGUAUCCAAGCGAGAUCAACGAUGAGGACAUAAGUCCAACAAGCCGAGCACCUAGCCCUACUACAGGAGAGAAUUGGCUGCAGGGAUGGAACUUUACCACAGAUCUUUAUCGUGUCCUGGAGCAUUCGAUAUGUCGAAUGCGAAGGACGAGAGAAGGCCGACUCGAUCGUAUGUCGGUCACCCGCCUAGUGUGUGCAGGCGACUUACCUGACUCGACAGUCAUGGACAAUGUUCUCGGUCUGUACUAUCAGCUAUCGGCACGAUUCCGCAACUUCAACGUGGCAGUCACAGGUGAUAAGAACCAGGACUUGUUCGGUUUCCAGGCAGCGAACAUCCAAGCCACAUUACAGCUGGUCCGUAUGACGCUGUUCUCGACCAACACCAACCAUGAUGUCUACCAGAAAUGCUAUGUGGCUGAGCAAGUACUCACGACCUUCCAUAGCAUUGCUCCACAGUACCUUCGCGCCAUAAGUACGCCUUUGGUGUACCAUCUCGGCGGUAUCGGACGUAUCCUCGGCUCUGUAAUGGAAGGUCUACUGUGUGAGCAGUCCUAUCAGCGUGUUCGAGCCCUCCUGGUCUCCAUGGCAGAUCUUUUGCAGGGCCUCGAAUCCGGCCUGCAACCGACAACAGGCGCGAGUCAUGAUCUACGGGCACAUAUUGAAAAGAUCGACCGCUACAUGGAUGCUCAGCGACAGCUCCUUUCAUCCGCGGCUGGUUCGCAGCAGCCCCAAUCUCAGCAGGUUGGUAACGACAUCAAUAAUCUUCCGGGCAUCACAUUACCACAUGCACAUGCUGCGAUGCCGCCACAAACGAUGGGGAGGAUGGGAAUGGCUACGCCGUUGGAUGAGUUCCAGCUGCCCGCUGAUCUUGUUGAUGGCAAGGCGAGGCCCUGGCCUUUCGACUUUUCGCAAGGCGACCAGUACGAAUACCCGGUAUUGAACGGUUUUGGAGGCUGA